AUGAGCUCCAAUAAACCGGGGACCCCUAUCUCAUCGCCCAGGAUUGGCAAGCAGGUAAAGUUGGAUGUUCCCUCCACGCCGCCGGCGGCGAAGGGUAAGAAACGGUUGCUGGCAUUUUUGGCAACCCCUGAACAACCUAGUGAUCAACUACCGUUCAGCCCGGGGCUCAAGAGAACAAGCUCAGGAAUGCUCAAAUCGCCAGAUUAUAAGCUCAAUUCGACCAAUGAUGGCGAACCCAGUAUUCUCAAAACACCCAAGAAUAGCGGCUACGACUCGGAUGAAAGAGACACACCGCGCAAACUGAAGUUGGUGAGAACGCCGCAGUUCUUCAGUCCGGGGAAGCGGUUGUUCACGGAUGAAAAUAGCCCCAACAAGCAAGAGCUCGCAGAAAUCAGCUCCCAGUUGAAGUCUCGCUUGAGUUCAGCUUUGGGCAAAGUGAAAGGUCAGGAUAAAGACAAGAGCCAGAUUGCGCCGGUGAAGCUAGAUUUCUCCGACCAGUCCUUCACGUCCACAAAAGAGUCACCAACAAAGAUGCUCAAGACAUCAAGCCCCAGGCGUUUCAGUACUCCUCAAGGAGGUAGUAGCUCUCUGCCUCCAGCGCUGAUGCAGAGAGCCAACAUAAAUCUACAGACACUCCAGGCCUCGCCUCCUCCACCUCCACGGACUCUUGGCCAAGACGAUAGACUCCAACAAUCGCCAGAGUUCAGGAAAUCCUCCGAAAGAAUUCCCAUCACGUAUCCUGAGGAGGACUCCAACGCGCAGACGGCGUUGCUCGCUGCAUUCUCUCGACAUAAGGAGAAGCGGCGCAGUUUCGGUACUCCCACCGAACGUAGGCGGUCUUCCAUUGUGCUGUCGUUGAACGGUAGCCGAAAUCUCGAAACAAGCCCUUACAAAGUUCCCCCCAGUCACGAGGGGCAACCCUUGAAAUUACCUCCCAUUAACGUUGCAUUCAACAGCAAACACAGUCCUCCGCAGGAUUCGGAACAGGACGCCGUAUACUCGCUCAUGUCGCUCUCGUCGCCGCAAAAACUACAUGACAGCAGGGGCCACAGCCGGCAGCAGAGUCAGAAUACCAAUUCAACUCAAACGCUGCGUUCAUCGUCCGUGGUGAACACGGUGCUUCCGCCAAUCUCAGGCAUCAUGAAAAAUGUCGACAACGACGAAACCGAUAUCGAGGAGUCGACCAUGUCAGAGGGGGAAGAGUCGUCAUAG